UCUACUUCUUCUUUAAAACCUCCACUUUUCUCUCUUAAACCCCAAUUUCUUGCAGUCACCGAAUACCACUCUUAGCUCUCUGAAUUUCAAGUUUUCCAUUAACCUCCGUCAAUGGCUUCUUCCAUCGCUCUCCGAAGGCUUGCCGCUUCCUCCGCCUCUAAACUUAUCCGUCCUGUUCGCUCUGCCUCUGUUCUCCCUUCCUCUGUUGGUCGUUCGUUCAACACCGAUGCUCACAUGACCAACUACGAUGACCACGAUCGUUCUCUUGAUGUGGACCGCCGCUCUGACCGCUCCCUCUCUCGUUCUCGUGAUCGUUAUCCUGGUUUUGGAGAUGUGUUCGAUCCAUUUUCUCCGACUAGAAGCCUAAGCCAGGUGCUGAAUCUGAUGGACCAGUUCAUGGAGGACCCAUUUCUGGCAGCAUCACGAGGAGUAGGAGCAGGGUCAAGGAGGGGUUGGGACGUGAAAGAAGAUGACAAUGCUCUAUAUCUACGAAUGGACAUGCCAGGACUGAGCAAAGACGAUGUGAAGGUGAGCGUGGAGCAGAACACACUGAUCAUCAAAGGAGAGGCAGCAAAAGAAUCCGAAGAUGAAGAAGACCGUAGACGAUUCUCGAGCCGAUUGGACUUGCCUGCGAAUCUGUACGAACUGAAUUCGAUCAAAGCAGAGAUGAAGAAUGGUGUGCUGAAAGUGGCAGUGCCAAAGGUGAAGGAAGAAGAAAGGAAGGAUGUGAGGCAUGUUACUGUUGAGUAAUUGUUUGGAAAAUGAAAAUGGUGCCUUACUUUGUUUUUCUUACACUUGACAAUAUAUAGAGCCUUUCUUGUUUGGUGUUUUUGUUUGUUUUGUGCUUUGGGUUCUAGUACAAGUCUCUUGUUCUUGACAUGGUGAGUAAGAUGUAAGGAUUUCAAAGCUGUUUUUGUUAAUAUUAUUUGCAUCUGAACAAACUUUUCGUCUAA